CAGACUGAUAUGUUGUCAUGGAGUACGGUUGAAAACUAGCCAUAUCAAAUAGGUGCACUGGGGAUAAAAAAAAAAAAAAUGAACAAUACUGAAGAACAGCUUCAAGCGCUGCUCUAUCAAUGCGAACAGGUGAGAAGGUCACGAUCGUAAGAUGAACGAACAACUUUGUACAGGUUUUGUAAAUCUGCGCUCUUUUUCUGCAUUUUUUUUUUCUGGAGAUCGCAUGACCGUAAAAUGACUGUGUUGCCGAAGGGGAGGAAAGUUAAGAAAUUAUAUGCUUCUUCACUGAGUUUAUCUUUUUUUCCUAGCUCAGUAAUGUGCGGACGAGUUCCUCUAUUUCUGUUUAUUUUCCUUGACGGAACAGGGCAAAGAACUUGAUAGAUUUUUGAAGGAGAUUUACGUUGUUUAAACACCCCUGUUUUUUUAUAACUGUUUUUAGAUGUUUACCCUCAGUUUAAUUCCCGUUUCUGCCUAUGUUCGUUUAUGAACGUAAUCAACGCGGCAUAUUCAAUUCUGUCAUUGAAUCAGCUACACUGUACAUAUACUUCACAAGAGCUGCGGGAAGAAUUUUUCUCGAAAUGGGGUUUGACCUUAAAAGUGGCGUGCUAGGAUAGUUUAGGCUAAAAUGCUCUAUGUACACCCAACAGAAGCAAAGACGGAUAAGCUUUUGCAUGUAUGCACCUAUACAUUUGUAAAUGCAUACAGAUUGCAAGAGCACAGUUGUACCUCUUCAUAACUGUCACCUGGUGAACAGAAGAAAGUUCUGCUUCCAGCAGUGAGGUGGCUAUUACAGUGAAGGAUGAGCAUAACAUAACACCUAUUUGAGGGAAGAGGUCCAACCUUUUUUUUGUCUGAAGAAUGUGUAUCAAACACAUGAACUGCUUAAACUGUGGCAAAACAGGGCUAAAAAAAAUUAUACCUUGAAGAGAAAAGUUCUAAAGAUACCAAGUCAGUUACUACAAGUAGAUCAGCUUGUUUAAUAUUUCAUAGCGAUAACUAAACCUGAUUUGAUGUUGUGACUUUUAACACGUGGAUAUUUUGUGAGUUGUAUAGUUAUUUUCCAACAACCACUCCUCUCAGCUUGCCUGUCUAACAUUUCCUAGGCACAAUUCCCUCAAGGGUGCAACAGUGGCUUGAAGUAAUAAUGAAGUCAGGUUAACCAUUUUAAUGUAAUUUGUCAACAGGCCUUGUUUACACUGUAUAGUGGACAUGAUCAGACAAACAGAGACACGGCUCACAAGUGGCUGUUGACAACACAGAAAUCACAUCAGGCAUGGCAAUUGUGUUGGAGACUCAUGCAGACUGAUAAGGUAAAAUCUUGUCAAUUCUUGAAACAAUAACAUAUUUAACCUCAAGAAUUUUAUCCCAGGCACCAAGAUAUUGUGAGUGUCCUGAUUGCCUUGUCAACAACCUAUCGUUUAUUGCACCUGUAAAUCCAUAGUUAUUUCAUUACAGCAAUAGACUGUACAUUUUGUUGUUUGUUAUAAUAAUCCACAUGGGAUACUUCUUCAUGAGUUACAAACUUUUCUUGUCUUCUCCCAAUAUCCCACAUGGGUUAACAUUAUUACCCUGGUCAGUAAACUGAUAAAAAGUGUGAUCUAUAGCUUAUUUAUAAAUAACAAGGGCAGGUUAUUUAAAUAAAGGUUAGCUGUUGUGUAACAAAACUGUGUUCUAAACUAUCUUGAAUUUAGCUGAAUCUUUUAUCUAGACAUUCAUUCUCGUGAACAGUGUCAAGAAAGCUAGCAGUAGAAGGACAUUUAUUUCAUGAAAACAACCCUCUUAAAACUAAAAAGGCAGUUUGGGUCAAACCUUGUUUAAAUUACUGAUCCUAAGUGUUCUAUACACUAUUUAUUUCCCAGAUUAUUGUAAAUGCCCUAUUUCUUCCUCCUUCUUUAUCAGGUUUCAGUCUCUUAUAAACCUCUCAUCUAAAACUUAACCCUUUAACUUCCAAGAUCUCAUUAGUAAUUCUCUUUACUGUCUGCCAUACAGUUCUUAUGAUGUUAGUUUGGAGAACUUGGUAUUGGAUUAACUAAUAAUCCCCUAAUUGAUAUUUUUCUUUAUUCUCAUCAGUUUUCUGCUUGAUAUUGUAUUGAUAUUGUGUGGAGAAAUUCUGUCUUGGUCUCUCACAGGAGUUUAAGGUUAAACCUCUACACCCUAACCCUCUUCCCUUCUCUAGUGAAGUUCAAGAUUCUGAGAAGUUUCUUUCUAAGAGGAUCAUCUUAGGGUUUAUGGUAUAUCAUUCAUGGUUAAGUUGCGAAUUCAUACCCUUGAUUUAUUGCAUUAUUUUAUUUGUCUUUAUUUGUUAUAGCCUCCAGAAAUUCAGUUUUUUGGUGCUUCAAUGCUUUACUUCAAGAUUGCCAAGAACUGGUUAGUUAUUAAAUGAUUCUUUUAUGAUUAGUUUUUUUUGAAGCACUCAAACUCAUCCAUUACACUGGAAACUCCCCUCCCCCCUGUUUUUCUGGAUGUCCUAAUGCUUUGUUCCUACCUUAUGGGUAUCUGAUUUAACCAUUUCACUCCCAAGAUCUUAUCAGUAAAUUCUCAUUACUGUCUGCUAUACAAUUCUUAUAAAGUUAGUCUGAAGAAUUUUUUAUCAGAUCAACUAAUGAUCCCCUAAUUGAUAUUUUUCCUUAUAGCCUGCUUAAUUUUUAUUGAUACUUUGAGGAGAAAUUCUGUCUUGGUCACUCAUGGCAGUUAGAGGGUCAAGACUUCUGGGUACACAUGUACUUUUUUUUUGGAACCAUUAUUUUGUUUAUCUUCAGGGGGGAACUUCAAGAAGAACAUUACAAUGACUUACGAUCAGAACUUUUUAAGCACAUUUUCACAUUUUCCCCUGGACCAAGGAUUGUUCUUACAAGGCUCUGUGUUGCCGUAAGUAUUUAGGGAUCGUUUGUCAGUACCAAUUUCUACUCCGUGAUAGAGAAAGGCAUUGUGAGAAAGAUAUUUUCAAUCAAGGAACACGUGGCUUUUCCAUCUAGAGUCAGCAUUUCUUAGAAUGCAAUUCUCUAUGAAGGAGUAGAAAUGGGUAACAGUGGACUAUAGUAUAUAAACCAGGCUCUGGUUGUUUGAAGGGUGUAUAAUGCUAGCCACUGCACAAAUCUUGAUCAGUUGAAUAGCAGAGUCCACUUUCAGAUUAAUACUUAUCCACUGGAUAGCAAUUUAUCUGUAGAUACCGUUAUCCACCCUUUGAAAAACUGGGCUUAGGAUUAUAAAUCUUCAGCAGGCUUAAAGAACUCAUUGAAAGACAUGCAAAAACACUUUGUUAGAGGGAGGAAAAUUUCUUUCCUUGAGCCUAGUGUAUGCCUAGAUUUUACCAUUGUGAUGACAACUGCCUGAGUUCAGUCAGAUACACAUGUACACUGUUGCUCAAUUCCUAAUUUUGCAUGAAUUUCUUUUCUUUUUCUGUUAAAGCUUGGAGCGUUUGCCCUCAAUACAAUGCCAGAACAUUGGUCAAAUGCAAUAAGUGAUAUUAUUACUACACUACAGAAUGCAAGAGGCUCAUCACAGGUACGUUCUUGGUAAUGCCAAGUAUUAUCAUAGUAGCACUUGACCCUUUACACCCGAACAUCAGUAUGCAUAUCCUCUACACUGACAUCUAUACAUUCCUAUGGAACUGACAAGGAGAAUUCAUUUAACAAUCAAGAGCUUCUCUAGUUAGUUGAUCACAUCCUUUAUUCUCAUGACCUUUAUGUGUGAGUUGGGGGUGAUAUUGUAAGGAGAAACCAAAUGCUAGAUGUUGACAUCAUCAAUGCAUCUAUCCAUCACUAUAGUUCAUAUAUAACUUCCAUUCAAGACGCAUGCAUGUAUAAUUCAGCCUAAUAUUUUACAUUUACAUGCACCUCAUUUGAUGUUUUAACUUACAUUAUGUAUAAUAAUUAUGCACAGAUCUUUUGUGAGUUAUGUAGUAUUUUUCCAACCCCAUAGGUGUGAAAAAAUUAAAAAAUGUCCCCUCUUAUUAUAAUUAUGUGAAACCACCACUGGGGUAUUUUUCAUUCCACUAUUAUUUCAGUUUUUUGUCUUCUGGCCUCAAGUUUUGAAAACUUUGUACGUUCUCAUCUGAGCAGUGUACCAAUUGUAUAAGGCUUGCUUGAAAGUAGAAAAACACAAAACAAACCAGUUUAGUGAUUUUGAUGACUUGAAAAGAAUUCUUGUUGGCUUUGAAGUUUGUUGCUGAAAAAAAAGUGUCUCUAAAAUGGAAAAGAAAUCAAAGAUUGUGUGGAUUGUUUCUGCUAGUACUUUUGCACUGCUACACAGUAUAUUGUCGUGGUAUAUUCUGCACAUUCCUUUGCCCUAAUAUGGUAAAAUGACAUGAUAGUGAUAUAAUAAUUGCAUUUAAUUAAAAAUGAAUGAACAAACUAUCCUUAUCAAUGCUUUCAGAAUGGAAUGUGGUCCAUGGCUAUGCUGGAAGUUCUUACAGUGUUACCAGAAGAGGUUAGAUCUUUUUAACAAAUCCUUAUCAAAGGGUGAUUUUCAAUUCAGUAGUGAAAGUAGUAAUAAUGGUAAUAAUAAUAAUAAUAAUAAUAAUAAUAAUAAUAAUAAUAACAAUAAUAAUAACAAUAAUAAUAACAACAACAAUGAUAGUAAUAAUAAUAAUAAUAGUAAUAAUAAUAAUAAUAAUAAUAAUAAUAAUAUCUUGAUUUGCAUCUCAAUCUUGUAGCCAAGUGUAAAGCUUUACUAAUUGGGAGGACAAUAAUUAUUUCUGAGUAGUUGAGAAAGCCCACACUCCUUUUUUCAAACCAAAGUGAGUCACACCUUAGUAAAGGGGCAAAGUUUCUAAAGGAACUGUGGUGCUAUGUCAGUGGGGGUAUUAAAAGACAAUUUGAUUCUAUCAUCUGAGUUAAUUGGCCACAGUAAUUUUCCUUAAUCUGUUGUUUCAAGUAUAGCCCUUCAUCAUAGCAAAUUAAUAAGUGAUUUUCCUUGUAUAGUUUCACUCAGGAGAUUUUCCACCUGGAAGAAAAUUAGCUCUUAGAGGAGAACUGCAGAAUGGAGUGUCUCAAGGUACCAUUCAAGGCAGUUUGAAAAUGUAACCAGUCAUACUAUUACACAUGUGUGAUUAUAAGUACAGUGUAUGCCUCUGAAUGUUGUGCAAUGGUUAAUGCUAUUAUGUUUUUUAAAGUAUGAAUUAUACCUUGCUCUGUGUUACCUUGUGUGUAUGAUAGUUACCAUUGGAAUCUACAAUGUAUUCCUGGUUUGGUUCCAAAUGAUAUAUUUUUUGCAGUUCUUCAAGUCAUUCAGCAUAAUUUGUUAUCAUCUCAGCCAGUACAAGUUAGACAACAGGUACAUUUAUUUAGUUAUUUGUAAACUAAAGCUGUUUCAGAGAUGAAAUCUCCAACCAGGCUUAAGACAGGAAAAACAGCAGAGCCGUUUCAAGUUUAAGUGCUUAAUUUUAAUUGAUUUGGAUGCAAAACUUUUCAUGUGCUUGCAUGUACAUGUACAUGUGGUUCAAAUUAUUAGGUUCCAAUCAUGAAAUGUUCUGCAUCAAAUGGAGCUGUAAAAUUAACCUUUGAGGGCCCAAGCUUCAGCCAGUUUCAAUUUGUGGUUGAACACACUUUUAAUUGUGCCAUCAAGAACUCUUUUAUAAGCUACACCAUAUAAACCCUUCAACUCCCAAGAUCUGAUUGUUAAUUCUCCCCUCAAGCCUCUAGACGUUUCCUUGUAAAUUUGUUAUGAGAAUUCAGUAUAACAUGUAGAUGAAGAUAGCAACUUCUACCUGAUAAGUUCUAGUAUUCUCAUUACUUGUUUGCUGGAUAAUGUAUGUUUUAGGGAGAUGAUACAUGUUACUGUAGUCACUUCUGUGGUUAAGUUGUUAAUCCUUAAACUCCUAGAAGUGACUAACAUGUAACCUCUUCCUAUGAUAUCCAUAUGUUUUCUGGCAAACAGUUCAUGAGAAUACUCAAACUUAUCAGGGAGAAGUUUUAAUCUUGAUCUUACACCAAAUUCUUGUACUUAAUUUACAAGGAAAUGUGUAAUAGCAAGAGGAGAGAAUUAACAAUCAGAUAUUGGGAGUCAGAGGGUUAAGUGACAAGCAUUCUGCUUGAUAGUAAUUGACCAAACUGACUCCCAAUGCAGACAGUAGUUCAUGUCUACUACAACAUUCUUUGAACAAAUGAUUUAUUCAUAAUUAUUUGCAUUAUUAUUUCACAAUUUCAUGUUUUUAUUUUCCAAUUUUUUUCACUCCUUGUUAUUCACAUUUCACCCAUCAAAGACUGCAGUGUAGGCAGUCAAAAAUUCUUAAUUUUUUAAUCAUUUUAGCCAGAGAUUUUUCUUAAAAAUUUGACCAUGUCUUAUCCUGGCCGCAGUCCUUCAAUAUUUUCAUUCUGCAUGAUGCAACAAUUAUGGCAAAAGUAUACUUUUGGAUAAUAGAGGUGGUGAAGCUUGAGUUUGUUAAAGAAAUGUUACAAAUUAUGUUUGACUGUUUUGUACAACACAGGCUCUGAAGUGUAUGAUCAGUUGGGUCCAGUUUGGUGUAACAAUCUCUGACCUUGCUGACACUCUGCCUCUUGUGUUUGAAUCAAUUCACAAUCCUGAGUUAUUUGAUACCAGUGUUGACUUGAUAGUUGAAGUGGCCACUCAUCCUUCUGGAAUGAGGUAAGCAAGCACUGUAAAACUUUUCUUAGUGUGUCCAGCGCACUUAGGUGUUACUACUCCCCCUUGGAUGGGAUGUCAGUCCAUUGCAAGGAUACUCCCGGCACUUCAUCAGGGUUCCCUGACAGUUGGCCAGUACCCAUUUAUACUCCUGGGUGGAGAGAGGCAUGGGGAGAGGAAAGUCUUUUCCUAAGAACACAACACAGUGGCCUGGCCAGGUCUAAUGAACCCAGGCCUCUCAAUCCAGAGUCUAGUACUUGAACUGCAAGCCGCAGCAUUUCCCACUGUUAAUUACGAACUGAAGUGUAGAGUUGAGCCUGUAUUAAGCGGUCAACCACAGGGAAUUUAUGGGUGGCCGCUUGACAUGUCUGCUUCAUACAGGUUCCAUAGAAUAGGGGUAUUUUAAAAACCAAUAAAAAUUGCUGUUUUAUGCCUUAAUUGACCAUGUUUGGCUACUUAAUGUACAAAAACUUGCUCCAAAAUACUACUAACAUUGAUUUCUGGAGAUAAAAAUGGAUUAAAAUUUACUUGAAAGAUAAUUCUCAAUUUUAUUUGAGUGGUUCUGCUUUAAGUGACCAUUCAAUACAGGUGGAGAACAAUACAAAAAAAAUGUUGGGACUCAGUUAAGGGUGACGGCAACCGCUUAAUAGAGGUGAAAAUUAUGUAACAACUUCUGGACUUUGAAAAUGGACCACCUAACAGGGGAUGACUACCAAAUUCUUUACACCCUAACAUCAGUCUCUAUAUUCUCCAUACUCACCUCUGUAUUUUUCUUUUGAUAUGGACAAGGAGAAUUUAUUUGAAGAUCAAUGCUUCUUAGGUUGGCAAUCAUUUCCUUUAUUCUCAUGAUCUUGAUGAAUGUUUUAGCAGUAAUACUGUAAGGAGAAACUAGUUGCUGGUCACUCUUAGGGUUUAAAGGAUUAAUACAGGGCUGCUUAGUACAGGUUUGACUGUAAUUUUAUAUGUUUUUUUUCUUAAUUUAGAUAUCCUAGUUAUAUGUGGAAAUUUGUGUCAAGUGUUCUGACUCUCGGUGAAUCUUUAAGAACAGCUUUGCAGUCAGGAGAUGUAGUAAGUGCAUUAUUUGGUUUUAAUGUAGAUCUGAGAGUAAACAACAAUUGAUUCACAUAUAGCUUCCUAAUUAAUUUGCUCUCUUUUUUAAUUUCUCCAGGAUACAUCUAGAGGUUUAUGUCGGGUUAUGGUGUCAUUAGCUGAGACACAUUUAAAGCUGCUCUUGUCAGCUGAUAGUGAAGAAAAAGAAUUGCAAGGAUUCACACUUGUGCAGUUAUUAUUGGUGAGGAUAAGUACAUUAUUGAAAGAAUGGCAACAACUGCAGUCCUCAUUAUGUGGUUUAAGUUUCUUGAAUUACAUUGUAUAGCAACAUUUUGCUACUCUGUUUGUAAGGGAAUGCAAUGUAGAAAUACAUGUACAUAGCCAAGAAAAUAACUAGAGAUACUCUGAAGCAGAGACAAGGGGCAGUACAAAGUCAUCUGAGAUGGCCUAUAGUCAUAAAUGAAGUUCUUACUUACAGCUGUAUAUACUUGAAAUAGGACUAUAGUAUAGCUAUACAUGUUUGUACAGCUGUCUGUUCAUUUUUGACCCUGGAUUUACCAAAAUAAAGUGAAAUUAGUUAUCAUUAUCUAUCCUCAACCCUUUCGUUUCCUGGGCCCAGUUGUGAAAAAGGGUGAAUAACAUUAUCCAAAGGAUCAAUCACUAUCUCAGGGAUAAGUGGUAGCAAAAGGUAUAGUGUUGUCCCCCAUAUAGCGAUUUAUUUAGUGCAUAGUGUUAUCUAACCUUCAAACAUACAGGGCCAGAUUGUUACUUCUUCCAGCUGUUACACAUUUCCUCGUAAAGUACUUUCAAGAAUUUAGUGUUAGAUUAAGAUCAUAACAAUUUCUACCCAAUAAGUUUGAGUAUUUGCAUUACCUGUUUACUGGAUAGUGUUUGGAUAUACAUGUAAUAGGGAGAAGUUACAUGUUAAUUGCUUCUAGGAGUUAAAGGGUUGAAUGGAGAUAAGAACUUGCAUUACUGAUGGAGAUGUAAUCAUACCCUCAGAAGCUUCUGUGCUUCAAUCUUAAAACCUUCAGCCUAAAACUAGUAGUAUUUCAUUUUAUUAUAUGAUUCAUAAUUUUUUUGGGUGGUAUUUCAUUUGUAGGAAUGUACAGGUGCCCCAGGCUGGUAUCCUGUGGAUGAGCAAUGUAGUGAGAUCACAUUCAACUUUUGGUAUACUCUACAGGCAUGUCCUCUUUCACUUUAAAACGUCGUUUUUUACAUCUUAUUUAUUUGUAUUGAUAGAAUACAUGACGCAUUCAUUUGAAUGCCAUAAGAGAAAUGUGUAUUCCCAAACAAUUGUCAUGAGAGAGAAAUAUGUUAGUACCUGGUUUGGAUUUGAUUCAGCCAGGUCUAGCUGAAUGCUCUGUUGGAGAUUUACAAAGAAAUUGGUGGCAAAUGUUAAUCUUUCACUUUGGACACUUUUCUGUAUGUUCAGUUGCCUUCUCCAAACCUGUUGGGUGUAAUUAAUAGCAUACCCUGAAAAAUACCUUUAAAAUGAUAUGAUAUAAUUAUGGUCCAAUGGUUCAUCACUCUCAUUAUAGAAAAAUUUGGCAUUUCCCAUGUGCAGUAAAGGUUAGCCUGGGCUCAGGCUUUUGUGUUUGGGUUAUUCCUAGUGGCACAGCAGCCUUUUACAGCAUUGGCAGCCACUGAUGAAAAAAGUUAUUGAUACCCCUGUCAUAGAAGAUUCACAUGUUACAGAGGUCUUGCAUACUGCUAGGAUUAUUAAUGUUCCAAUACAACCAGUGUGGAGUUGACUAUCAUUCUCCUGUCAACUUAACCCUUUAACUCCCAUAGUGACCAAGACAGAAUUUCUCCUUACGAUAUCGAUACAAUAUCAACUAGAUAAGUGAUGAGAAUAAAGAAAAAUAUCAGUUUGGGGAUGAUUAGUUGAUCCAAUACUAAAUUCUUUGAACUAACAUUACAAGAAUUGUCUGGUUGAAAGUGAGGAGAAUGACAAAUUUGAUCUGGGAGUUAAAGGCUUAAAAGCUUAAAAGCUUCAUCACCAAGAAGGAUAAUUGAGUGCAGUGGUUUUCCAAGCGUAAUACAAUGGAAGAUGUGAUCCCUCUGUGCUUAUCUUUGACUUGGGUUCACCAAUCCACAAGUUAGUUAUAAAUAGGAUGAAGGAAAAAUAUGAUUGAGUACAUGUAACUUUUCUUCUUGCUUAAAACUUUUUCUUUCUCCACUUUCAGGAUGACAUUAGUUCAGAAGAACCUAGUGCCAUGGAGAAACACAAAGCCAUGUAUGGACCUGUCUUGUUAUCUCUGUGUCAGGUCAGUAUUGUUGAUUACAACCUCUAUAAAAUUGCUGUGACUCAGAAAUCAUUAGCUGCAUCAAGUGCUUGUGUCAGUUUUUUUCCAUUUUUCGGAAGUGUUGGUCAUGGGGUCACCAGCAGGGUUAUCCUUACACGCCUUUGGAAGACAAAUCAAUUAAAUUCUCCAGUCAGGCUGAAAGAUGAUGACAAUUGAAAAACUGUCAAACAGAGAAUACUGUGUAUUUGAUUUAACUGUAAAUUCUUAGAAAUACCAUUGCAAAAAAUGUGUUGCAGACAGUGAUAUGUGGCCCUGAUUUUAAGCCUUUAGCUGAGGUCAUUAUUGUGUAUUCUCUGAGAAGACACUUUGCUCCUGAGCCUUUUACUCACAUUAGUGACUAAGACAGAAUUUCUCCUUACAUUAUCAAUACAAUAUUAAGCAGACAAGAUAAGAGAAUAUAAAUCAGUGGAUUAUUAGUGGAUCCAGUACCAAGUUCUCCUAACUUACCUCAUAUGAAUUGUAUGGAAGACAGUAAAGAGAAUUACAAACGAUAUCUUGGGGUGAGAGGGUUAAAGUAUUUAACUCCCAGAUCAAAUUUGUAAUUCUCCUUUCUGUCAACCAUACAAUUCUUAUCAUGUUAGUUCAGAGAAUUAAGUAUUGAAUCAACUAAUUAUCCCCAAAUUGAUAUUUUUCUUAAUUCUCAUCAGUUAUCUGGUUGAUAUUGUACUGAUAUUGUAAGGAGAAAUUCUGUCUUGGUUACUUAUGGGAGUUAAAGGGUUAAGUGUAUGAUGCAUGUACAUCCUUAUGAAGUGUCAAGGUAACUUGUCUUGACAGGGUAAGCUGACAUUCCAUUUUUCCAUUUGUUAUACUGUAAACAUGAGCUGUCGCAUAAUAAAACGCAUUGUAGUUUGGGUUUGUAAAACCAAACCUAAAGUGUUAGGAUAAUUUAGAAAGAAAAACCUGCCGACUGUUUGAAGCUCAGGAUUGACAUUGUAUAUCUGAUUGGUUGAGGGUAGCAAAAGUUUUUUAGAAUUAGCUAAUCAGAUUCAAGUUGAACAAAGCUUACCUUGGAUUACUUUCAGUUUUCCAUGAAAAAUUUUUCCAAUUUUUCAAUCCACACAAACUUGUUAUCAAAGUAAAUUUUACUUUACAUAUUCUUUUGACUUUUUGCUCAAGGUGUUUAUGAGGAAGGUUCAAUAUCCUCCAGAAAAUGUCUGGCAAGGUUUUUCUUCAGGUAAGAAAAGAGAAAGGGAUUUUUAUCUUUUUUUUAAGUCUUUUGAACAACAGUUGAAUAAAGGACUCUUUUCUGUGUUUCUUAGCCUGUUUAAAAUCUGAGAAAAUUUGGAGAGUUUGAGAGAAUUUGCAAGCAUGGGAUGCAGUUGUCAAGACCUUUGUUUAUGUUAUCCACCUCAGUCUUUAGCCCCAGCAGAUAAUAUGAACUUUGGCCUUGAUAAUUCUCACUCUCGUAUGCAGUUUCUUUGAAUAACUAUUAACUAUUGGUCCAAGGAUAUUUGGAUUAAUGUCAGUAUCUGAGCAACUACACACCUACCUCUCCCCUAACCCAACAUUAACCCUGACUUGUUAUCAGUUGACUCAUUUGGGUUAGGGAAGGGGUAUGUGGACAGUUGCUAAGGAUACUGAUGGUGAUCUGAAUAUCUUUUGGAAAUUUCAUCUCUUUUCUGUGCUACCGGAUCUUCUGAGGACAACAGCAAUGUUUGAUAACCCGUUAAACUCUCAGAUCAAAUUUGUAGUUCUCCUUACUGUCAACCAUACAAUUCUUAUAAUGUUAACUCGGAGAAUUUAGUAUUGGAUCAACUAAUUAUCUCCAAAUUGAUAUUUUUCUUUAUUCUCAUCACUUACCUGGCUGAUAUUGUAUUGAUAUUGUAAGGAGAAAUUCUCUCUUGGUCACCCAUAGGUGUUAAAGGUUAGAGGGAAUGGAAGAACAAGGAACGAAUUGCUACUAAUCGGAAUAAAAUUUUAAACAUUAAGAAAUAUCAGAAUUGAGAUAUCUGCGCAAUGCCAUAAUUUUGGUUGAUUUGUUGUUUUUAUUAGACGAGAAAGAGCAGUUUAGAUGCUACAGACAGGACAUAGCUGAUACUUUGGUUAGCACAUGUUACUCUUGUUAUUUUUGUAUUUAAUAGCAUUCCGUCCAGGCCCGGUUUGUUCAAAGCUGGGUUAAGAUAACCUGGGGUUAGUGUGAAAUUUGAUUUCAGGUCUGAAAGCUUGAAAAGAAAAUUCAGUUCAAAUCUUUUUUCUUGCAAUUUGAUCAUUGGAUGUUAUGAAAAGAAUAGGGAAAAUUUUCCCUAAAUGGUUUUUGAACAACGAAAUAAUGAAACCUGGAUUAAAAUUUAAUCGACCUUCAAACAACUGGGCCCAGUCUAGUCACUUUGUGUAAUGGGAACUGGAUAUUAAAACUUCGAGUAUGUGGGCUAUACAGCAUCUCCAUCUGAGUCUUUUGUGUUUAGGAUAAUGAUCAGAGAAUUGUUUUGUGUAAAUAUUGACUUCGUAUGAUUAAAAAGAAAAGUUAAAUCAGAAUGUGGAAUUACUUGAUUUCUUGGUCUUGAGGAGGAAUACUUUAACAGACUUUUCAUGUUUUUUUUUUUUAGAUGUAUGUUUAUUGUUUACUGAGAGGUCACUGUUUACAACAACUGUACCAUAUGCUGUCAGAAUUGUUAGCAGGAGAGACACAGCCUUCUUGGCAGGUUUGUAUAAGUGCAGUAAAAUUAAUUUUACUUUUAAUUUUUAAAGCAAAAUUUGAGAGAGCUUCAAUAGGCUCAAAUGCAAUAUACUCGAAAGUGGCUUGUUGGUAACUUCUUUCUUCAUUGCGUAAUCCUUUCAUUCCUAAGAUAUGAAAAUUAUAAGGAGCUCUAUUCGUAUGUCUCACAAUAAAAUUAUGGUCACUUUUGAUGAGAUUCGUGGUGUUUGGACUGCCUACUACGGGUCUUCUCCAGACGAUAAGGUCGACUGAAUACACGUCACCUAGCGUCUAGUUGUGAUUGGCUUGUUCUCUACAGCUGUGAUUGGUUUGUUUGCUACAGCUGUGAUUGGCUUGUAUGCAACAGCUGUGAUCGGUUCAUUUGCUACAACUGUGAUUGGCGCAACGUCGCGAUCCAUAAGGAAAGUGACUACUUUACGAGACCAAAAAUUAUUCCUCAUUUUUGGGUUGCUGUAUUUGUGUAAUAUUGUGGAUUGAUCGUCCGGGUGAGUGUAGUCCUGAGAAGUGAAUAUAGGGGUUAAAUUUCUAAAGAAACUGUGGUGCUGCGUCGGUGGGAGAGUAUAACAGGUAAUUUAGUGUUAACAACUGAGUUGAAAACGUAAAUUAGCCACCGCAAAGGGUAAAAAAGCUGAGGAAUUGUGGAGCUCAAUUCGUCCAAUCGCUCUGAAAAAGGGCUAACGCUCGAAACGUCAGCUUUUUUACCCUUUACGGUGGCUAAUUUAUGUUUUCAACUCAGUUGUUAACACUAAAUUACCUGUUAGUCCUGAGAAGGACUGUUGUAGCUUGUAGUGACUGACGUUUAAACAACCUUAGGGGAUGGCAUCAUCACUCCAAUCAUGACUUCCGCUCAGGUUGUUGAAACGUCAGUUACUACUACCCACAACAGUUCUUCACAGAACUGCAGCCACCCGAACGAUCAGACUACACUAUCAAAGUUUCCCCCGCGUUCAAACUAUUUACGGUGUUAUACUCAAACCUGUAUAAGGCGGUCACCCUUUCGGUCGGUCGCUUUCGACAGAAACUAUGUCCAAGGGUUUAUCUUCAUUUUUGGUUGUUUCUCUUCACAGUCUGUAGAUGCUACUUUGUAUUUGAUCCAGUCUGUUGCUGAGUAUGUUGAACCCACUGAGGAGAGUUUCAUUCCCGCUAUUCUGUCAUUGUUACCAAGACUACCGUCCCAUUCUUACGUUUCUCAAACAGCGCUGCUGAUGGUUGGUAUGUGUGGAUGAGGUUUAUUCUGGUAUAAAGCCUGAUUCUCCUCCUUGGCUGCUAGACAUUUAUUUGAAUGUGAGAUCUGAGGAACUGAUAUUGCAUCAAGUAAUAUCUUCUCCGAGCAGUCAAACCUCUCUUCAGGGGCACGCUUGGGACAUGAAGCAGUGUCCCGCAAACAGGGGAAUCCUUUCAAUAAAUUGAACACAUACAAAGAUUAUGAGACCAUUUUUUUCUCUGACGGGACCAAAGUUUGUGUUCCUUGAUUAGAGGUCUCGCCCCGAAUGGAAAUUUUUUUAGAAGAAAAUUUUCCAUUUUAUUUACCUCAUAAUUUUCACCUUUCUGCCCAGCAAUUUGCUCAGAUUAUAGAAGGUUACAUUAUUACAAAUGCUGAGCGUCAAACGAUAAAUCUUGUAAACCCUCUUCCGAGAGAGCCGUGAGAGAGCCGUGAGACGACAAUUAUCGAGCAGAACGAGAAAACGAAAGACUGCUUUGUUUUUUACGACUCUUAAUCGAAAUGCUUUCUAAUUUAUUUUACAAAAUCACAUUCUCUUAGGUUCCUACUCAGAAUGGCUCAAGUGUCAUCCCGAUCAUCUUCGCUCAGUACUUCCUGUAUUACUCGGUGGAUUGUCUCAAGUGCAUCUCGCCUCUGCUUCUACCCAAGCCCUGCGUGGCAUCUGUGAAGAGUGUGUCCAGGAUUUAGAGCCCGGGUCCUUAAUGGAGAUUCUGACGCACUGUCAGGUAAUCAGUUGCUUUGUUGUUAUGUUACGAGAGUCCCAUUUCUGUGACCCUCAAAUACUCAUUUUUCUAGCGGUAUUUAAUCUCAAUAUUUCUGUUACUUAGCCACAUUGUUAUUACACCCAUUUAGACUGGCCUAUCAGGAGGUGUGAUGAAGGUAAGAGUAAAUGUCUUUGUUUUUGUGGAAUCAUUCUUUCGUGAAAACGUCACUGAAGUGGGGAAAAGUUAAGGUUUUGUUGAGGUAGAUGUAUCUUUAUUGUCUGAAGUAAUCUGAGAUGUCGUUAGACUCUUACUACUUGAAAACUUAACAAUUGAGUGUCUGAGAAUAAAAACGGACUUCUGUGUCCCUGCAAGGAAUUAAACCCCAGAUCCUCGUUGCUCGCCGAUGAUCUACUGGUGAGCUGCUUAGAACUUUAUCGUCAGUUAUUCUAUAGAAAUGUUCAUAUUUGACAGAAGUCCUGUAUUUUGCUGGGAUCAGCAAUGUAGAAAAUGUCGUGUAUGUAAUAAGAGAAGGAAAAAUCCUCUAACAAAAUUAAUUUUUGUUGAAAGGAGCGAGAGCGAAUUCGCUGUGUUGAGUGCAUUGGACAUGUGCUGUCAGUACAAGACUCCGCUAGUGCAGUGGAACAAGUGAAGGCGGUAUUCACUCCUUACGUGGAAGGCUUGGCUCAGAUAGUACAACAACAGGUAACAUCAUUUCGGACUGUCAUGUACUCUUUGAAGCUUUUGUGACACAUUUGUUAGUCUUCACAUGAACCUUUGGUUGAUUCUCAACAUUGGUGCUGAAUUUUUCAAGGUAGAUAAACUACGAAUAAGCAACUUUUUUCCUUACUACUUGUUGUUUCAGUGUUAAGUUCAACAAACAUUAUUUGGAAGAAAAGAGAAUGGAGCACUAACGAUUUUCCGUACACAUCGUUGUUCAUCCAUUUAUUUUGAUGAAUACUUUACCUGCAUUUUUUGGUGCUAACACUGUUAACGUGGUACAGUUCUCUUCUCCCUCCAGCCCACUGCCGAGCUAAAAGCUAAUCUUCAGUUUCACCUCCGGCUCUUUGUCGUGUUGUUUAAAUGCUUGGACCCUGAAAAUGAGAACAUUGGAAAUAAAAUUCAUCCGGUAAGUAGUAAAGGUAGCUUUAGAAACGAGAUAAUUUUCUUUUUCCCCCUAAUCACCUAUUCCCUCAGUUCCCUCAUUUCCUUUUUUCCCUAUUUUCCUUAUAUUUCCCACAUCCCCCACAUUCCUAACGUUCCCCACAUUUCCAACAUUCCACAUAAGGGGUAACCAUACUCCCUGCCACCUCAUGGUAACAAAUUCAAGUUGAGUUCUCGCAGUUAUGCGAAUCAGUGUUGUCUGUAGUUUGAAGCUAACCUGUUAUGUCCCUUAUUUCAAAGGCUGCAGUUGUACUGAACGAUAUCUUACCCUCGUUGAAGUCCAUGGCUCCUUGGAUGCAAGAUAAUGAUGUUCAACAAGUGAGUGAACUUCUCUUUGUCGAGAACGCGUGGACGAUAAAUAUGUAAUAAUACUUCACUCCCUAGAUGUUACUCUUGUAACUGUUGUCUACACCUCCCUGUAAAUAAUGGAAAGAACGCAAUGUUAUUUCAAGAAAGCACCUUCCAGCUGACAACGUUGUCUAUUGUCAUGACAUGUCAGGUUCGUUUUGUGCUGAUUUUGCAAAGAGAAGUGUAAUGUGAAACACUGGAAGUUGUUUAACAGUUGAGAAGAAGGUUUAACAGUUGAGGAAUAUCCCUUGGGGUAUCUCCUCGGAUAUUCUCCUGUUUUUGCAGGGGCAUAUGCAGUCUCGUAAUGUGUUUAGACCAAUCGUAUGCAAGCAAAGAUAUGUGAUGGAUUAUGAUAUGGUUUAUGUGAUUUUUUUGCGGCGAUUCUGAGUAUAUUCCUUUCACAGCGAAAUUGGCUUCAACCUUUUUCGCGCUUCGGAAGACUGCGGAACAACUUCGUCAUGUACACUAUAGGUGGCGUAUUAAUCUCCAUGGAAAAUUUUUCUGGCUGACAAGUACCUUUUGUCUAAAAAUAACUGAACUAGGAGUUUUAGAGUAAGUUCUUUGUGGCCUGGGGAAGUUAAUCUCAAAGCUUAUCUUCUCUUGAAAGCUCUGCUAAAUCCGUUGUUUUCGUUUAUUGUUUGAUCUUCGGUGUCACGUCACCGCCCGUGACGAGUUCUAAUAAAUUAGAGGGUACGUAGUAAACUUAACCAACUGGAGCUCCGCUUUGAAGCUUGACUAAAUCUUUAGUUUACUUAAUCUCAUUACCUGCUUUUAACAUUUUACAUACGGUGCUGCUGAAUAGCAAUUCUGCCUGUGCUUGGAGAGAGCCAUAGGAACAAUAAGAGACUACAUGGGCGGACUUGUGUCCGGUCUUUCUGAACUUGUGGUCGGAUAUUUCUCCGUUUCUCCAACAAGUGGAAUCCUGGAUAUCGCUUCCACGGUAAGAAUACCUUUACCUGGCAGUCAACCCUUAAACUCCCAAAAGUGAUUCAUGCGUAACUUCUCCCUUCAAUAUCCAUACAUUAUCCAGCAAACAGGUCAUGAGAAUACUUAAACUCAAUAGGUAGGCGUUCUUUUCUUGAUCAAACACCGAAUUCUCAUAAUUAAUUUCCAAGGCAAUGUGUAGCAGUUAAAGGAGAGAAUUAUCAAUUAGAUCUUUGGAGUCAAGGGGUUAAGUUGAUCAGUUGAUCAAACCAGAUUAGUUUGUCAUAACCCCUACUGACGCAGCACUACAGUUUCUUAAGGUAUUUACCCCCUUUAUUCAUUCGAGAUAAAGUAAUUCUAUCAACGUUUUUUUUUAUAUCUUUAUGUACCUCUACAUAUCUUUACGUGAAAACCUUAUAUUUUAGUCGCAGAGUGCUCUACACUCGUGGAGCUAAAUAACUUUUAAUUGAAUAAAAAAAGGGGAAAUUACAACAUUGUUCUACAGAACUGUUUCGAAAGGGCCUGUUGGUCCUCUCUCGUCAGGUGCAUAGAACACUGACUAAAAGUCCUAUACCUUUAUAUAUAUUUUUAUCUUUAAGCUGAUAGGAAUGUACGGUAUGGUGGACGAACAUUACCGCACCAUACUUCUAGUAUUUCAAAGAAUCACCACAACAACAUUGCAGCUUCUGCAGAGCAGUAAGUGUGUAAAGGGUUAUACUGCAAUUUAUUAAUUGCGUGACAAUAUCAUCAUCUAUGUAAAUGUUUUGUGUGACAACCGACUUGAUGCUUUAGUCACACUCUUUGAAUUUGAAGAGUUUGUUUGGAGGCUCGCUGGAAUUUGGUGAUGCAACUUUUGAACUACUUCUGGCCAGUGCCAUGUAAAGGUCGAGUUACGCUAGGCUUCUAUUUUGAACGUUUUGAGAUUAACUCAGCAGAUAUUACAGUAAAUGGUUUGAACUUGGGGUAACAUGUGAUAUUGUAAUCCUGUAAAGGACUGUUGUCGGUAGUUGUCACUGACGUUUCGACGACCUGAGCGGAAGUCUUCAUUAGAGUCAAGUGAACAAUUGUUGUUAGUCGAAUGUAGUUAGUUCACCUCAUGUAAACUGGUUGGUCAGUUUGGCCGUGAUGUUAUUGGCCGUGAGACUGAAGUGGCGCAAGUUGGUCGUGGCUGGUCAGCUUCGAUCCGUCGGUAAAGUUAGGUUCUGUUCGGUGCGUUUGUAAUGUUGAUGUCGUGAAUAAUUAUCUUUUGUGCUGGUCGUAAUUGAUUCUUAUUGAGGGGAGUGUGUUCUAAGUUCUACAUCAUUACUUAGCAGAUAUUGAAAUUUACGAAAGGGUGCCUGUGGCUUUGGUAAAAUUAUAUGAUGGCUGGGUGCUUUAGUAGAACACGAUCUUUUGUAGCACUGGACACUGUUCUGCUAAUUCUAGUGCGUUCAUACUUGUAGUGUAAGGUCUUCAUGAUCUUUUUCUAUUUUACUCAUGUUUGUGGGACAGAUUUGCGCGACUUUCCAGACAUUCUUCAGUCAUUUAUGCAGUUUGUUUGCAGGGUAAGUUUCUCAGGAGAACUUUUAAAUCGUUUCACUCCUAUCAAUUUCUCUUUUUUGAUCGUCAUUGCACGAAUCAUUCAAGUAUCUUCUUAGCUUCGCUUUCCGAUGGGUAGUUUACCUUGCCUUUACAAACCACGGCCAAAUUUUCGCUUUUCUUUACUGCGCAACAUAUCCGCUCUCAUCGAGAACUAAGAAUCUCCACCACUUUUGAAUUUCGAGUUUUCUAUUGUAAAAUCCGACAUUCCUGUCUUUGUUUUUCGUUUAUACAUUUCAUACAAAAUUUUUUCAACAGGGACUGAAGGCCAAUCCAAAACUGGUAUUUGAAGGAGAUGGAUAUCAUGUGAACAUAUUUCAGUGCGGUAAGAUAGUAGAUGACGAGGGAACGUAAAACACAGGAGAAUCUUCUUGUUUUACGUUGCUUUACACUGUGCUAAGCGAUCUUGUGUUACUGUUAACGUUCCGAUGAACCCUGUUGGUCUUUUUUCUAGCUUUACUCACUAGAAGCUUAACCCAUUCCGAUAAAAAAUUUGAUUAAUUGAUUGACUGAUUAAUCGACAGGACUCGCAGCCCUUGAUGUUCAAGAGAGUCACACUGUCAGAGCUGCCUGUACGUUCUUUGUAAGUAUGGUGUAAAUGCCGAUAACAACAAUGGACGUUAUAAUACAACCCGCCCCAGUUUCAUGAGAUAUGUAGAGGAUAGUACAUGGUAGCUUGCGACCAGGCCCUCAUUAUUAGCACUGCGGCACAGUCAUCUCUCUGCCCGCUGGAAACUAUGGGUCUGGCACCGAUAGUGUCAGAUCCCCGGCAAACCUCUCCCCAACUCGUCCCCUGCUCGUAGGCUCAGUGCAUGGCCGCUUGGAUACGAAUUGUAUCUUCGAUUGUCGAUAAGAUCUGUUACUCUUGAAUGUUCUUAUCAACACGAGAGAAUAAAUUCGUAUCCACAGAUGGACAUGUAAUGUUCCCUUUAUUAUAUGGUCAAUAGAAUUUUAAGUUCUUUCCUUAGAGAAACCCCGAGAUGAUAUUUUUCUUAAUUAUUCUCAUUAUCGGUCUUAAAAUUAGAAUUUGUAAAUAUUUCGAGGAGUAUUUUCCUCGGCUAUCGAAGAGUUAUAAACGCUUUUCGUGUUUCAUGGUUAGCCCCAAAAUGUGUUCUUGCCCUGCAAAGUGUGUUCUUGACUAAACUGUUAGCUGCGUGCACAACGUUCGUAUUUGAAAAAAUGAAUUUGACUGUUAGGAAAGCAACAAUAACUAACUUUGUUGUAAACAUAAUACAUUUUUGCCACAGUCGACGUUCAUAACUGCUUGUGAAAAUGAAGAAACUGCGAAACGUACGCUACAAGAAUACGGAUCCUACCUAGUCAGUCAAGUUAUUAGGGUGAGUCUAAGUUUCAUGUCCAGCAUUCUUUUCUGACACAGUGUCUUGGACAAUAAUGGUUAUGGUAGCAAUUAAAUUUUUUAGUGCAAAAUGAUAAGUGUGAAAAGUAGAAUCUUAAGGGAGACAUCCGACCUUUGAUGAGGAGUCAACGUGAUCAAAUCGUCCUCACUUUCUAAGUUUUUCGGAACUUCUCUCCGUUUACUUUAAUGAGCUUCGUCACGAUUUGAGGAUCACAUAUCAACUUUGUCAUCUACUUAACAAAUAGAUUCCAAGUCGCCAUGGGUCUGUACAGUAAUAGAUCACAGAUGACAUCAAAAUGUGCGAAGAACAAGGAAGUGGUGCGCGAGGCGCUACCGAGUGAUGUUCUACCACAUUAUGAAGUCUUCUGUCAUCUACUACUUUAUAGACGUCCUACGGCUUGGAAUGCAUUUGUUUUAUGUAAUAACAAAGCAAAGCGUUUUAAGUGGCGAUUUCAUCUAUGCGUCUUUCCUCUAUUUGUUCAGAAGUAAGAACCGAUUAAAAUGUAUGUAGGAUCAGUUUAUCAUAUAAUGACUACUUGCAGCUAACUAUGUGUACUCAUUGGUAGAGGUAAAUAUUGUCCCUCCCCCCCUAGAUAUGAAAAGUGGGGAUUCAUCCAAACCCAGUAGAUGAGGCAAGGGACAACGCAUUUAGCCACACUUUAUUCAUAAAAUAAUUGUUUAACAAAUCAGGGUCGAGCGAGUGAGUGAGUAAGUGAAUUUUAGGUCCAUACCUAAAGCUCAGAGCAUGACUAACGUCAUACCAUGAGGUAAAAAGCAUUCGUCUGCGAAAUCAGAACGGGUCUGGGUUCGAUUUCUUUCGUUGAAAAUGUGUAAGACGUUUCUGUAAGGAACUCAUUUGCUUUCUUCUAGGGAAUAGCUGGCGGAGUUCCUCGUCAAUGUACGGAUUACAUGGCGGAAAUCUUGUUUGCUUUAAACAGACAUAACGUGACAAUGCUGUCGCGUUGGAUGCAGGUACUUUAUGAAAAGGACUCUGAGGCUGCUCGAUGCCACCUUGCUACGAUUUUUCUUCACUAUUAAAAUAUUGGCAUGAAACAGAUAGCGGUAUGCUUUUAAUUUCUCUUCGUUUAUUAAUUUCUUUUUUCGCUUCAAUAUUUGUGAAGAUAGGAUAGGAAAUGUUUUAGCUUAAAUUUGUUUUACUACCCCAAAAAACCGUAAAGAUGCCUGCAAAAAAAAAAUUAAAACAAGACGCAGUUUUUUGGCGCACAAUCAGCGACCAGGUUUUCAUAAGUGAAGCUUUUUUGCCUUACGCGACAAACAGGACGGGCUCGUUGCUUACAAGAUUCCUUAUAUGACCUGUCAAGUGUUUUUUUUGGUGAUAGGAAGUGAUGAAGGUUGAAGGAUUUCCAUCCAAUCUGGUCACAGUGUCUCAAAAAGAACAAUUCUCUAGUGCCGUUUUAAGGUAAGAAUGGCUACUGCCUGCGGUGUGUAAAGUUUUCGAUUGUGAGUGAAGACGACUUCUGAUUCGCUCUUGUUUGCCUCACGACGCUCUUGGGUUGGCGUGAAAACUCGCGCCACAUUCCAUACAAAUCUGGUUUGAACCGAUCGUGAUAUCUGGUUACCAGCCUCUUCCUGUACCUAAGCCUGGUUCUGUCUGUCUUGUAGUAAAUGCAAAUGUUACUUGUUUUGAAAGUUUGACUUUUGUAAACUGUGUUGGCCUUGAAAACUUUGUUUUGUGGACUCUGUACCAUUUGGUUCCUUACAAUGUUAUUAAUUUAUUCCACAGGGAUAGAGCUCAUAGAAGACGUGUUAAAGAAUCUGUGACACAGUUUUCGUUGCUCUGUCGAGGGCUCUACGGGACAGCUUAUGCUAGUUAGCAAGCUGUUUCUGCGCUUGCUCUAAGGCACAAGAAAGUAAACAGGCUUGUGGUCUGGAGCGAAGAUGGAAUUCGCAUGUGUUAGAGGCCUGUGACUUCUCUGCGCAUGUUUUAGAUCAGUAAACAAGUUUGUUAAGAGUGAUAAUAAUGUUAUGCAUUACACACAUGUUGCCUAGACUGCUUGAAAUUCGUGCGCAAGUAAAGUAUACUGUACGCAGUCUAGUCAUAAUCUACGUGUGGUUCCAUUUUUGGGUACCAUUUUUGCAACUCAUGCAGUUCUCGGAGUUAUUUCACAGCUAGUCUUCUUCGGAAUAUUUUGUUUGAGAAUGAUUCCAUGGGAUAAGGCGUAGUUUAAAGGAGUGGAAUAUGAAUGUGCCCCUUCUCAUCCAGAGGAUUUAAUAUUAAUAACCAAGUUGAGAAGGUAACAGUGCUACAUAUUCAAUAGUGUCCUUUGCAGACUUUGUUUGGUCUUGCAAAAUAACCCGAGGAAUUUCAGUAACUUUAACCUUAAGCAGCUGCCGAUGGUGAAAUGGGCGGCUGCGCAGAAAGGCCCAAGAGUCUGCUCGCAGGUUAAAUAGACCGUGAGGGAUUGGGUAGAAGAGGAUGGGGAAAUAGGCAGUAAUAACAGAAAAGUCAUCAACCUAUGAGUUACUAAAGCUUAUUUCGUUUCAUUUAAAUUCUUCAGAUGCUUUUUAAAAAGAUUUAAUCACGAGUGAAUUUAUAUCACAACAUAUGAGAAAAUAAAGCUUGUCCUCAGGAAAGAAACACUGAUACGAAGUCAUUUGGGUCAUAAAAUAGGGGUGAUGUCUUAUCCAAUUUCUACUGUAAGCUUUGUGCACAAAUAAAACAACC